AAUACAAGACCAAAAUGGCGUCGUCUCCUCAAACCAAAAGAUGUGCAUCUGGCUCCUGUUUCGAAAGUGGCACUCUUCACUGCGCCAAGUGCAAGGUCACCUUCUACUGUAGCAAGAGCUGCCAGAAGGAUCACUGGGUCAAGCACAAGAAGCACUGCACUGCUCACACGCCUAUACCUGAAGGCACGUUCAAGUUUUUGAAGCUCAAUCGCGACAUUCGUGACAAGGUUAGUUUUAUCCAAGGGNUUUACGAAGACCUCCUCGUUGCUCGCUACACGCCCGAUCAACAAGCUGAACACGACUCGCUUAUCAAUACCACCGGAGACCGCUUUCAUAUCAGAAACUCCCUGGAUCAAGUCAAAGGACAUUUGGAGAUCAGCCCCGGCACCCCUCUCUGGGGUAUCAAGGGAUAUCAACCUCUCGUCAACGCCAGAGGUAUUCUGAACGCCGACAAGCAAAUCAACGAAGAACUCACCAGCACGCUGUUCUCCACGAACACCUUCCUCAUCCCCGUGAGCGAAUACUCUCGCUACGCGAUCACCGGUCAGCUCUUUAACUAUCGCCUGGACACUGCCUCUUUGGCUCAAAUCAAGCAUUUGGUCAUCAGUGUGGGAGCUCAGUUUGACAUCAAGCAUCCUCGCCAUGGCAAUGGUGUUGCGGCACUGAAGCACAAUUUCAAUCAUAUUGUCAAGAGUCUUAAUUUGCUGGGUAAUAAGCUUGAGUCGUUGACUAUUCGUUUUGUUAGUUGCUUCCAUGGCAGAGUUGAGGAGAUGCGUGCGGAGAUCGAUCUCUUGCUCACUCAAGCUGCAGCUCGUCCUGUGCAGAUUAUGCGUGAGGAUGGUACUGUACGCUUCUACACUUCUGCCUUUGACCUCGCCGAUGCCUUUGAAAACCUGAGUGCUCCUGUCAAGACCUUCGAGAUUUACGGCGAUGUCCCUGGCAAAGUGAUUCAGCGCUUGAACCGCAAAUUUGGCGUUGNNGCGUUGAUGACGACCACCAAUGCAACAAUGAUGAGUCUUGCUGAGCUGGUCAAGGGCAUGGCGGUAAAGAACCCCAACGACAAGAAGAUGGCCGAGUUUGCCGAGCAGAUCGCGAGUCUGCCUAUCAGAAGCCGCGAGGUCAAUGCUAUGUUGGUUGGCCCUCCUACUCCUGAGGAGCUGGAGAUGUUGCGUCGUCAGAUGGGAGAG